CUUUAUCGAUCGCUUGGUCUUGUGCGCGUGUCUUGUGUGUUAAGUACGGAGUGUGUUUUUUUGCUACCCGAGGGUUACUUUUUGUUGUUCCGGAUAGUUUUAUACGGUGUUGUCUACGGAUUACCGAAGCUAUUCGUGGUAAAGUUUACUGCCCCUGCGGGUUCCCUCGCGAGCUUUUUCGCAUGGUCUAUUGAAAGUGUGCGUUAGCGGAUUGCUUGGCAAAAUUUCGCUAAAUUUGCGGUGGUUGCGAAAAAAAGUGAAACCCAAACACCUUCGAGAUGGCGAUUGCGACCUUUCUGAUCGGUUUGCCUUCUGAUUGAUAGAUCGGUUGGUGCUGUCGGUGUAAUACAUGAGAGGUUCCGAAUAUACCCUUCAAUAGCUGUGUCUGUGCCUUUGCCUUUUCGCCCGAUCAGAGUGCGCCAGAGCAAUGUGAUUUGUCAGAAGAAAGUGAGCUUUUGAUAUUCGCGACGAAAGAGAAAUAACCCGCAGUAGCUUGUGUGUACCAACUGGCAAAUCUUGGCCGCCUGCCUUACCAGGGUGCUGAUGAAACAAGUGAAAUGUGCAAUUGAAACUAGUUUUACUUCCAACGGUGGUGUUGUUGUUUGUGUAGUGCAUUUUUUUUGCUUUUUGAAACAAAGUACGCCUUAUGACGCCAUUGUACCACGCUCUUAGAUAAAUAGACGUACGAGUUUUGCAUUGUGCCAUAUUGAACGAGUGAUAUCUAGAAGAAUAAAGAAGAAAACUUUGUAACUAAAAUAGUUCGACCGACGACCAUUUGUAAGAGGAUUUACUGACAUCGAGAUCAACCAGCUGUAACGAUUAAAAACAUCGCCGAAAUACGUCAUCACGAACCAUGACCAGUAUACUUUCGACGCCGGGCAAGUACCGCUCCCGGAAGGACCUCAGCACCGGUUCGAUCCCCACGCUAGUCUCGCUGGAGGAAGAAUCUAGUCUCAGCAAUGGAACACAGUCCGAUUUCCACCAUCACAUACAUCUGUCCUCCAAUGGAUCCAGCGCCGGAGGUUCGCACGGUCUGGCUGAUCGUCGAAUCGAAUCCAUUGCUAAUACGUUGAACAUCAAAAAUGGCCUUAACGGCAAGUCCCCACGACGCAGUUCUUUAGCAAUUGGACUGCUUGGUGGUCACAAAAGCGGCAAUACCAACAAUGCCAGCAGUAGUAGCGACAAAAGCAAUAAACGCCGCAGCUCAAUCGCUGUAGCCUUCUUGGGAGGCGGUCGCCGGGACUCAAAGUCGCACAGCCACCACUAUCCCAUAGCUACGAUUCCGGAAAAGUACCACAAAAACACCGAAUCCGACAUCGAGAAUGACUCCCCGAAUCACUACUACACCGUACAUGCGGGCAGUUUCGGUUCGACACUGACGGCGGAUUUUAACGGUUCCGGUAUGGGUAUGGGUGAGCUAAGCGUCAGCAACGGCAAUCUUAGCGUGCCCGGUUACGACAAGAAACGACGCCGUUCGUCCUCGUGGCAAACGAAGCUGGAGCGCCGCCGGCGCAAGGGUAUGGCCUCUGCGCUGGACGGUGCCGAUCCCGCAGGAGCGGCAGCGCUCGAAGGUUUCGGGUCCGCCAACGGGCUGGACGUGUACGGCAGCAAGUAUGGCCGCGAGAAGCGCCACUCGUGGUGGAACAUUUUCGUCCCGGAGAAUCUUAAGCAGAGGACCCGCAGAGCUAGUCAAGAUGUGAUACUGUCCAAAAGUUCAGACAGUCUCAGCCCGCCCUUCAGAAGGAGCAAAUCACGGAGCGUCGAUCAUGGGCUGGCAGCUCCCUUCGAUCUGGACUCGUUGCGGUCCAAGGUGGAAGGCCGAUUCGAGAGCAUCGACCGACUUUCGAAAGAUGGCGAAAAGAAACGUUCGAUGCUCACGAUACCGACGGUUUCCUACACGGUUAAGGAUCGAGACACGCUGACCUCGGUGGCAGCCCGCUUCGAUACGACACCGUCGGAACUGACACAGCUGAACCGGUUGGCCAGUUCGUUCAUUUACCCCGGUCAGCAGCUGCUCGUGCCGGAUAAGACCGCCAAACCGGCCCCGGCAGCGGCGGGAACGGACGGAGAUUCCGAUGCGAGUACCGAACGUUCGUCACACAGUCCCACCGAAGGUCGCCGCAAGGGCUCGCAGGAGGAUUUGUCGCAGGAUGAAAAAGAUUUGUUGGAAGGACUUCGCCCGGGAUCGCCCAAGCCUGGCCACAUUGAGCGAGUAGCUUCACCGAAUACUCAGAGCGGUGGAGGUGGUGGCGGCGAAACGGCCGCAGGUUUCAACGAUGAAGAUCCGGUUACGAUUCAGCGCUUUCUCAAAAUCAACGUGCGUCAUAUUACCGAUGGCCAAGGUGUGGUCGGUGGAGUGCUGCUCGUAACUCCAAAUGCGGUCAUGUUCGAUCCGAACGUGUCCGAUCCUCUAGUCAUCGAGCACGGCCCGGAAAGCUACGGAGUGAUUGCUCCGAUGGAGUACAUUGUCAAUGCCGCCAUCUUUAACGAUAUUGCCCAUAUGCGUGUGCAGGGAGCUACCGGAGGCAACGAAACAGCCGAAAAGGCAGAGAUUUACUAUCCGGCACCGGAGAAGUCUUGCUCCCGCUGCGAUACCCAUUCACCAGGUAAGGAUUCAUUACUGGUAAAAGACGAAACAUUCCCGGAGCUCGGUGUCGGAUCCGUCGAAGGUUGUGACGAUCAGGAGAGCAUCUGUUCUAGCAACGAACGUGAGGGCGAUGCCUUCCCGAAAGCUUUCGAGCGAGAUCUAGUCACACCGAACAAUCUACAGCGCUUGCAUGGUGACUCGACUGAAAGUGGCGGUAGCUCGGAGAAACCACCAUCAGCUGAGCCACCGUUUUUGGGCUACGAUCGGGACUCUCAAUCGCACACGCCAAACUCAUUAGAUAACAGUCACAGCGGCCAAGAGCCAGUAGUCAGCAAGGAACGGACGGCAGCCGCCGAGGAUAAGACUGACCACAGCAAGCCCAGUCGUAAUGCGCUGGAGGACCCAACACUUCGCUCUUUGGAGGAGCGGAGACGUAGUCUACUUGAUCAGCACUGGGCCAUUCCCAGCAAGGAUAGAUCGCUGGACGAUGAGGAAGCCACAAGCACUGGCAGCGGAACGACUGCCGCUUCCGGCGGAGCCGCCAGUGGUCCGAUGAUCGCUGGUGGUGUCGGCAGUGUGGAAGACGAUGCCGGACAGCUGGUGAAACAGUCCUGUCAUGAUUCGGGAAUUGACAUUCGAGAUCCUAAUUCACUGCCAACGGGAGUGGCCGGUGCUACGGCUGCAGCUGCCGUUGUCGACGUUCCCGUAGUGGCACCGAUACCGACGAAAAAAGUUUACAGCGACGCUGACAUUGUACUCAGUGCCGACUGGGUACCACCGCUGACCAUUGCUCCGUCACAUACGCUGGAAAGCUCGCCAAGAAGCUCAUCAGCCUCCUCACAGCAAAGCUCCUUGUCAGCGGCGCAAGCCGAUGGCGCCGGGCGAAAGAAAACCUCCAGCGUAAGCUUCAGCGUUGAAGAGCAUGACCCUCAGGGCGGUUCACAAUUGGAUAAAAGCGGUGAAACCAAGAAAAAUAAGAUGCUGAAACGGUUGUCCUACCCAUUGGCAUGGGUGGAAGGAUUGACUGGAGAAGGACCUGCUCCUAGUCACAAAUCAGAUUCUAUUGAUUCUGCUCCCAACACAGGAGACUCAAAUCAAAGCGUGUUUUCUAAAGUAUUUUCAAGGCGUUCCUCGAUAGGCACUUUCAUCCGGCCCCAACCAACGGCAGAUGGUGCUCCGGUUACCAAGCAGAAGCAACCGCCACCGAAACUGGACUACCGCUCUAUGGUGUCGAUUGACGAUAUGCCAACACUAUUUGUUAGCUUCGACAUGCGAGCGCCACUGUUUCCACAACUCGAAAAACUUGAACUUAUACCCCGACCGGCCCGUGCCUGUCCCGAUCCACCGAUGUACCUGCGAUUGCGUAUGGGCCGUAAGGAGGGCAAAAACACUCCGCUGCCGACCACGGUUAUGUCCUACGGCAAGAACAAGCUGCGACCCGAGUAUUGGUUCAGUAUUCCCAAGAACAAAGUUGACGAACUAUAUCGAUUCUUGACGGCUUGGGUUCAACAUCUGUAUGGGGAGUUGGAUGAGAAAGCUAUCAAGGAACGCGGUUACGAGCUGAUCCAAAUGGAUACCGAGUGGUCUACUAAGGGUGGAAGCCCAACCAAGGAUGGACGUUCCGCUAGUGAAGGAGAAAUUACCGAGUAUACUCGCGAAUCCUGGGAGGUUCUGUCUAUGAGCACAGAUGACUACCGGAAGGCGACACUGUUUGCGACCAGUUCCUUCGAUCAGGAAUUCCAGAUCCCGGAACUGAUCGGCCAGACGGAGAUCCUCAGUGAAGAGCACCGAGAAAAACUGUGCGCCCACCUGCCGGCCCGCGCCGAGGGUUACUCGUGGUCGCUAGUGUUCAGCACUUCGCUGCACGGCUUCUCGCUAAAUUCGCUGUACAGGAAGAUGCACAAGCUGGAGAGCCCCAUCCUGAUAGUCAUAGAGGAUACGGAACACAAUGUAUUUGGAGCCCUCACGUCCUGCUCGCUGCAUGUGUCGGACCACUUCUACGGAACGGGCGAAUCGCUGUUGUACAAAUUCAAUCCCCACUUUAAGGUGUUCCACUGGAGCGGGGAGAACCUAUACUUCAUCAAGGGCAACCCGGAAAGUUUGGCGAUCGGUGCCGGAGAUGGCAAGUUCGGUCUCUGGCUGGACGGUGAUCUGAACCAGGGCCGAUCGCAGCACUGCAGCACCUACUCGAACGAACCGCUGGCCCCGCAGGAGGACUUUGUUAUCAAGACGCUCGAAUGUUGGGCAUUCGUCUAAGUACGUAGCAGCAGGUAAACAAGUGCGACCCCGGACCCCGGAGUGCGGUUACGUGAUCCGGGUCGGUCGGUCAGCCGGUGAUCGGGUGUUCGAGUCCGGUGUGUGUGUGUGUGUGUGCGCGCGCGCGCGUGUUGACUCCGUUUCAGUGCUUUACGCUGUGCGCUGUGCAGGUGUGGGUGCGAAAUAGUGUUUAUUUUAUUAGUGCGAUCGAAGAAAACGGAUUGCGCGAGAUAAGAAAAAGGGCUGAGAUAGAGUUUAGAGUUUAGGAUUAAGAAAUCUAUGUAUAUCGGAGUUCAGAGGCAAAGAAAAAAAAAACAAAUUUUAGAGAUGAUACUUUUAAAAUUACUAUGAUAUAGAUGCUAGUGCAGAAUAUUGUGAAAGAAAAUAAACCAUUUACAAAAGAGAAUUUAUUAGUGCAACAUAACCUUUACAUGUUUGGACAGAGCAGUGGAUUUGUCGACAGAAAGAAGAUUUAUAACGAAUAGGAAAUGUCGCCAGCUGAAAUGGCACGUUGUUAAGAGGAUUUAUAUUUAUAUAAACGCAAAGUAACACGUUGGAAAGGGGCAGUUGCCCGGUCCGUAGUAUAAAUGCUUGUAGUGAAAAUUCGAGCAUCUCCCGAGUGAAGAGAACUGGUGUCAGCAAUGAGCUCGUACCAUACCCUCAUAUACAUAAUUAUACCGUUUGAGGUCUCUCCCCUAAGACCAUUUAGUAAACGAGCAGCAGAAGUUAUGACCAGAGAGGCUUCAGGCUGUCCUCAAAAGCAAAAUCCAACUCUCGUACACGCGUAUGCUUAAUAACCUCUCUAUACAUUAGCGCAGAAACUAAACAAAAAAGUAAUCAACGGUUAAAUCACUGAAAAUAAACAACUACACAACAGCGGCAAGCUGCAGCUACGUAAUCACCCACUAAAGAUAAAUUAUAUGAUAUAACAUAUUAAACGAAAACAAAAAUGUUGCUAACAGAAAAAAAAAAACAAAUUAAACCAAACCGUGUUUAGAAGUAUUGUAAUGUUCGAAAUUAGAGACUGCUUCCGAUUUGUUUCAGAACUGUUGUGACAAAAUGUAGAAAAUAAGCAGAGUCAUAGCAAAACAAUACAAAACAAAACAAAAACAAAAACAACAACACACCAAUACAUCAGCAAUCGUUUCCCCGUGCUGGGUCAAAUUAAUUGUCCAUCGGUUUUGCAUCAGUUUCGUGCGUCGAGUGCCACACAGUAUCAGCCAUUUUGUUACGCUUCAAAAUCAUUGACAAUAACAGUUCUAAAUCCGAACCUAGCAAAAAAGAAAACGGUAGCCACAGACAAAAUAAUAUACAGAACAAACACAUACACAGUUGAAAUCCAAAAAAAAAAAAGAAAAACUUAACGUAAACGAAACUCUCGCCAGUGCAUGUCAAUUUAUGUGUAUGAAUUGAAAUAAAGAAAAAAAAACUCACCUCUUUGCAGAACAACAGCAACCGGCUAGCUAACUAACGGUUGAAAAUUGUCUCGUUACAUUUCAACACGAUUCGUAAUAUUUUUUUGAUAUUGUUUUCGUUGUUAUCAACUUUACCGUUCUUAUUAGUAGUGUGUAUAUGGCGACUAUCCAACGCAAAGAUAUCUAUAUGAAAUUAGGUUACGUACGACAAAUGACAGGGGCUUGAGGUGCGAUACAUCUUGGCCGUCGCGUGGUUUCGUGAGCGUUUACCCGCUCAACAUAAUAUUUCUUUCGUUUAUAUUUUUUAAACCUUAGGUAUUGUUUUAAUUUAUUUUAAUUUCCAUAGAAUCCUUAGUUGUAUAUGUGCUUUCUUAUUUAUGUCGAUGUUAUAACCAAGUGAGUGCAACGGAUCAGAUUAGGCACGGGUGGUGUUUCGUUUGCUUCCGGAUCCGGAGCAUGCGGGUAUCACAGGCUCGUGUGCCGCCCUUAAAACGUUAGGAGAUAGCGCAGAAUAUGCUGUUGUAAUUGACACGUUUUACAUGUGAACUGUAGUAGUGUAAUAAACGAUAUACAAAACGAUAAUUGCAUCAAAGAAGUUACACUUUUACAGCUGUUUGAUU